AUCUGUAAAGCACGAGGGUCCCGCUCAUUCCUUCCGAAUAUGUAUAUUCUGUAUGCUGUCUUUAAUGAAGAUAUGAAUGCUUAUGUGUUCACUGGGGCGUACGGAAACGUCGCGUGGUGUUUUCUUUAAGUGUUUUUUUUUUCCACUUCGCGGUUUCAAAUAUCCCGUGUGGCAGAACUUUCGGAUUUCAAAGGGGAAACUGAAACGAUAUCCUGAAGUGUGUCUUUAACGCAGUCGGAUCGUCAAACUCAAUCCACUUCCAAGCGGGACCUGCGCACUGAGUGUGUUUACCGAGUGUUUCCGCAGAAGCGCACCUGGGAGCUCUACCUGCCGCUCAAGAUCGGGAGAUCGGAAGAAUGCGAAAAAUCCAGAACAGGAAUUGGGAAUAAAGUGUACAAAAAUGAUUUUGACAUGGAAGAAUCAAACAGCUGUUCCAUUGUAAUCAUGUUGCACUUUACACAAAUGUGGGUGCCGUUUUUUUGCUUAUGAUUUAUUUUUGGCAAAAUGAAAAGCUGAAAGUUUGCUUCUUCUUCUUCUUUUUUUUUCGAGCGAAAGGGAAGGAAAGCGUGACGAGCAAUAAAAUGAAACCAUUGUUGUUUUUGUUUCACGCGAUUUUCGGCCUCGUGUGGAAUAGCUGGGGACUUCUGGAUUGCGUCCACUGCGGAUUAGGGGACAAUCACGUCCACUCGAGUUUCAUUUACAGGAGGCUGCGCAACCACGAAAGAAGGGAGAUUCAAAGGGAGAUCCUGUCCAUCCUGGGUUUACCUCAUCGACCCCGUCCCUUUUCACCUGGCAAGCAGGCAUCCUCUGCGCCCCUUUUUAUGUUGGACCUCUACAAUGCCAUGUCGAUUGAAGAAGAUGAUGGCAUUGCGCCCAGCACCGGCAAAGGAUCUUACGGCAAAGGUGGCUCGAGGAAAGGAUAUCACGCGGUGCCCAAUGGCUACUCCCGUGGUGCCCAGCCCUACAGGGCAUCUCCGCUGGUCACCCAGACACCUCCGUUGGCGAGUUCGCAUGACACCAACUUUCUCAAUGACGCCGACAUGGUGAUGAGCUUCGUCAACUUGGUGGAGCGAGAUAAGGACUUCUCCCAUCAGAGACGGCACUACAAGGAGUUUCGUUUUGAUCUCACCCAGAUCCCAGACGGUGAAGCCGUAACAGCUGCCGAGUUUAGGAUUUACAAGGAUCGAAGCCAUGCGCGGUAUGAGAACGACACUCUAAAGAUCAGCAUCUAUCAAGUCAUCCAGGAAUACCAGAACAAGGAUGCAGACACCUUCUUGUUAGACUUCAGGAAGAUAAAAGCAUCGGACGGCGGCUGGCUGGUCUUCGAUAUCACUGCGACUAGCAACCACUGGGUCCUGAAUCCUCACCAGAAUAUGGGGCUUCAACUCUGCGUGGAGACAAUGGACGGUCGCAGCAUCAACAUCAAAUCAGCUGGCAUCAUCGGGAGAAACGGGCCUCAGUCGAAACAACCCUUCAUGGUGGCCUUCUUCAAAGCAAGUGAAGUUCUGCUUCGGUCGGUGAGGGCAGCAAAUAACAAACGGAAGAAUCAGAACAGAAGUAAAUCUCCUGGGCAUCAGGACUCGUCACGAGUGCCCAAUGCAGGAGAUUAUAACACCAGUGAACAGAAGCAGGCCUGUAAGAAGCACGAACUCUACGUCAGCUUCCGUGACCUCGGGUGGCAGGAUUGGAUUAUUGCUCCUGAGGGAUACGCGGCUUUCUAUUGUGACGGAGAAUGCUCGUUUCCUCUCAAUGCCCACAUGAAUGCUACAAAUCAUGCCAUCGUGCAAACCCUGGUCCACCUGAUGUUUCCAGAUAACGUGCCGAAGCCUUGCUGCGCUCCCACCAAACUCAAUGCCAUCUCGGUCCUCUACUUUGACGACAGUUCAAACGUCAUCUUGAAGAAAUACAGAAACAUGGUGGUCCGCUCUUGUGGAUGUCAUUAACUGGACCUGCUGGGAGUUUUCUUUAUAAUGUUACAACAUUCAUAUUUCUUAUCAUAAUUAAAAAAAAAAAAAAAGAAAAGAAAAACGAGAUUCCACUCGAAAGAUCUGAACGUAUGUAUAGUGUAAUGUAUAUAACAGUUUCUUGGUUUUGUUAUUUAUUUUAUAUUUUAUUUAGAGGUUAAAACGUUGAGCUUUAAAUUCACACAGUGUCCUACAGAUGAAAAAAAAAAAUAAGAUAAGAAACAGAUUGAACUAAGAGCUCACAGACCUUUAAGAAAUAUGCCACCCAAAAAUAAAAUCAUAUUUUUUUACGUGAUACUUACUCCAUGUUGUUGGUAGCGAUGGCUGAGAAAAUGUUUUCAUGCAGAAUGGA